AUAGUUGUGCAAUUUUCUGAUCAUGUUUGUAAGCACACCUUGAAGACAAGGUGUCUUCGAAGGGUGGAUUUUUUAAGACUCCUAGUUAGGAUUAUGUGGGGAUAAUUAGUGAAAUAUUAGUAUGGGUACUAGAAGGGGCAAAUUAGUAAAUAGUUAGUAAGUGGGGUUAAGUAUUUUUACUAUAAAUAAAAGGAGAAGGGUUGGAAGAAGGCAUGAAGAAUUUUGUGGGAAUUUCCUUUGGGGAAAUGAAGGAGAGAGUAGCCCUCUCGAAAGGUUAUGGUAUAUUGUAGUUUCAUUAUUGAUAUUGCAAUAUAAAUCUAUCUUUUACAGUUAUUUGUUUUUGUGUUCUUCAGAAAUUCCUUGUUAGGCGGUAUCCUAAUAGAAUCUUGAUUUAGAUAGUGAGAGAGAAGAGAAGAAUGAAGAUUUAAUUACGUUUUGGGUUUUUUACUUUUUACUUUUUACGUCUUUAUCAUUUUUAAUUUAGUUUGUCUUGGAUUCUCUCGAUUUAAGUGCACUUUUAUGUUUGGGAGUGAUUUUAAAAUGGUUAAAAUCACUUUUGUCAUUUUCAAAAUCACCAUGAAACAUGUUAAAUCCUUCAAAACUAAUUUUGAUAAUAUGAAAAUUGCAUUUAAAAGUGUAAAAUUUAAAACUAAAUUAAUUUUGAGUAAUUAAAAGUUUAUUUUUGAGUGAUUUUUUUUUUAAAAAAAAUGAUUUUGAUGAUUUUAAAAUCACUCCAAAACAUGCACUUAAAUAAAAUGGGUUGUGUGUUGGGCUUAAAUUUGAAAAGAAAAAAAAAGACCCAACGUAUCCCCUUCACGUACCUAGAAGCAGAUACGCGUGUCUGAAAAUUUAAAAAAAAAAAAUCAGAUACUUCAAAUCACGUAUUAGACACGUAUUUGGACGUAUCCGUAUCUAAUACACAUCUGAUAUCGAUUCUAUGCACAAUUAGAAGUAUCUGUGCUUCCUAGCUCGACUCUAUAGGUUGCCAUUACGAGGGACAAGGAGGUAAAUUUCAUGUAUUGAAAGAUUCAAAGAUUAUUAGAGGUAAAUUUCAUGUAUUGAUAGAUUCAAAGAUUAUUCUAAUUGGAGAGAAAAGGAAUGGGGCGUAUGUGAUCAGGAAUGUUCAAAAGUCACAGCCCUUAUGGUUUUAGACGGUACCUUGACUAAAAGAGAUCUAUGACACGAAAGAUUGUCUCAUAUCAGUUCUAAAGGUCUUCAAGGUCUCUCCAAACAAGGCAUUCUUCGAAGGUAUGGCAGGGCAAAAAACGAAGUUUUCAACACUCCCAGCACAGAGCCAUAGAGAUUUUGGCUUAUGUUCAUUUAGAUCUCUGGGGCCAGCUCAAAUCCCAUCGCUCAGUGGUUCGCAGUAUUUCCUAACUAUUGAUGAUGUUUAUUCUAGUAAGAGCUAGAUUUUUAGUUUUAAAACAAAAGACCAAGUGUUUGGAGGUUUAAAGAAUGGAAAAACUAUGUUGAAAAGCAAGCAUCUAAGUUAGUAAAAUGCCUUAGAACAGCUAACGGGCUUGAGCUUUGCAGCGAUGAAUUCAGUCAAUUUUGUAAAACGGAGGGUAUUAUGGGGCGCAGAACUGUCAGGCACACACUCCCAACAAAAUAGCAUGGCUGAAAGGUUAAAUAGAGCCAUAAUGGAAAGGAUAAGGUGUAAAUUCUUAGAUGCAAUGCUUCUGGAAGAGUAUUGGGCAGAAGCAGCCUUUUAUACUGUAUAUACCCUCAACAGAUGCCCUUAUCACUCAAUUGACCUUUUAACACUAGAAGAAAAGCGGUCUGUUAAGGCCCCUAAACUUGAUCAUCUAAAGUUGUUUGGUUGUGUGAGUUAUGUACAUCAUAACCAAAGGAAACUCAAGUCAAGAGCAAUGAAAUGUAUAUUUGUUUGUUUCACUGAAGGAGUGAAGGGCUACGGGCUAUGGCUUCCAAUAGAAAAGAAAUGCAUCAACAGUAGGAAUGUUACAUUUAGAGAAGAAGAGAUGUUUAUGUUUCAAGAAGCUAAUUUGGAUUCUAAUCUACAGAAGGCUUAAUUGAGGUGGAGCAUUCUUCUGAACCAAGUUCAAGCAACCCUCUUCAUGACAUGGACCCUAACUCUACUGAAUUAUCAAAACCAGUGGAUGAAGAGAGUUCAGACACUGAGCAUUCAAACUACAGGAUUACUCUAUUGCCAGAGAUAGGCAAAGGAGCAGAUUCAUCCACCUACUAGGUAUACAGAUACUAAUUUUGUAUCUUGUAUUCUAAGUGUUGAAGCCUAAGUAAAUGACUUAGAACCUUCAAAUUUUAAUCAAGCAGUUAGUGGUCCUAAUGCGAGAGAGUGGAUAACUGCUAUGAACGAAGAAAUGGAGUCCUUAGUGAAAAAUGACACCUCGUUUCUAAAGCCUCAACCAAAAGGUUAUAAGCCCAUUGCCUCUAAAUGGGUUUAUAAAAUAAAGGAAGGCAUUCCAGGCAUUCCAGGCAUUCAACAACCUAGGUUCAAAGUAAGACUUGGACAAAGGGGUUUACCCAAAAAGAAGGAAUUGAUUAUAACGGAAAUUUUCCCCGGUGGUCAAACAAACCUCUUCUAUCUCUAGUCGUCCAAAAUGACUUGGAAUUGGAUCAGCUAGAUGUGAAGACUACUUUCCUACAUGGACAUUUAAAUGAAACUAUUUAUAUGGUGCAACCUCGAGGGUAUGUUUAGAAGGGAAAGGAAAACCUAUUUUGUCUACUCCAAAUGUCAAUAUAUGGCCUUAACAGUCUCCACGCUGCUGGUAUCAAAGGUUUAAUGACUAUGUAACUAAGAUUGGCUUCAUUAGAAGCUCAUUUGAUAGUUAUGUCUAUGUGAAAUCUCAUUCUUUUAAAGAAAAGGUCCCUAUGGCUCAACAUUUCAAACUCUCAUAUCAGAAUUGUCUUAAUCAAAAUCUUCUCCUUCAAUCUCUCCUACUCUCUCUUAGUUUGAAUUUGUGCUCUGAAUUUCCUCCUUCCUUCGUUUCUGAUUGUUCUCAUUCACCUGGGCAAAACUUCAUGCAAUUAGUUUUUGACUUCAACAGACUCGUGGCAUCUCACAAAGUGUUUUGGAAAAUCUUUUACGCAUGGAUUUAUGAAGACCAAUUGUAUUGAAGAUGUUACUCAAAUUGAUGCAUCAAAAUUCGAUGGGCCUUGGUCUUUUAAAAAUGAGUCAAUUUUUAUUGAUUUGAUGGAAGAAGAAGUUGCGAAAGGAAAUCGCCCAACUACAACUUUUACUAAAACUAGUUGGACUUAUAUAAAAGAACAACUAUAUGUUAGAACAGGAUAUGCUUAUACACAUGAACAAUUGAAAAAUAAGUAUAACAGUCUUAGACAUCGUUAUAAAGAAUUCAAAAGGUUGCUGGGUGAUAUUAAUGGAAAAGGUUGGGAUCCUGUAUUGGGAACUAUUACUUUAGAAGAGGAGCAGUGGACUAAUCUCAUUAAGGUUAACAAGAAAGUUAAGAAGUUCAAAAAGAGUGGAUGUCCACAUUACGAUAAAUUGAUGAGAAUAUAUGGAGAUACAGUUGCAGCAGAAUUCCAUGCUCUUCCAUCAUCAAAACUUUCCUCAGAUUCUGAAUAUGAUAAUAAAACUGAAAGCGAUUCUCCCAUGUUCAAUGAAGGUUAUGGAAAUAAUAGAGAUGAAAAUCAUGGUCAAAGUAGCAUGAGCAAGAAAUCUAAAAGAAAGAGAGAAGUCAUAAAUGAUAUAAUGUCAUCUUUCAAAGAAGCUUAUAUUGAGAAUUUAAAGAGGAGAAAUGAUUUACUUGAAGGAAGACCUCUCGGUUUUUCAUCAGUUGACGUCAACGAGACUUCGUCAAUAGCAAGAGAUUAUGGUGAUGAAGACUUGAACAAAUGCUUCAAAAUUUUAAAUAGCAUGGUUGAUAUCGAUGAUAAAGCCUAUACAAAAAUAUUGAAACAAUUGGUUGCUGACACUACUUGGAGAAAAGCAUUUCUGUGCAUUCCUGAAUCAAGAAGAAAAGGAUUUAUUAACAACUUUUAAUUAAUUAAUUAGAAUGUUGAUGAUUUUUACAUGUUAGGGGGAAAAAAACUUUUCCUUCUUUCCUUUAACUACUUGAUACAUGGUUUUUGGAUUUUCUAAUUUGUGUUAGAAAGACUUGGUCUUUUUUC